AUGGCCCAUUUCAAAGCAGCGAUCUUUCUUCUUCGUCUUUCAUCCCUAACACGUCGUAGCGUGCGUACUUGCAGCCUUUUUCAAGCAAAAAGAGCACUCUAUUUUUCGUCCAUUAUGAAACGAUCACUAGAUUAUUCUACCUCUGAAAGUGGAGCUCCUAACUCCCUCGAUUACCGAAUGUAUUUCCGUAAGUAUAACUAUUUUCGAUCGUGUGUAGUCGAGUGUAAAUCUCGAGCUGCUUUCCCCAGUGGCCAGAUAUGGUGAAUGAAUAGUAGUUGAUCGAUGAAAAUUUGUUAUAUUUGUAGACUUUUUGCCCUUUGCAAAUUGAAUGUUUGACUUACUGUUAAAGAAAUUUGAUGUCGAAAUUUGAUGAAUACGCUUCUCAGAACUUUUAAAAGAAAGGUGAUCUAAUUGCAUCGCAUAUCGACGUGACUCGCUUACCCUGGAACUUGCGGGAUCAUGCUUCAUUUGCUUUCGUCUAGAGCAGUAAACUUCGGGCGACUUGCGUCUCUUAAUAUAAAAAAAGGACAAAGAAUCAUCCCAAGUAUGUGAGAUGAACAGGAAUAGGGGAAAAGGUAGUUGAAAUUCGUCAGUUUUGAGGUGGACAAGAUUGACACUAUGUCAUGAAUUUUUAAAAAGUAAAUUAACUGAAAGGGUUUUUUCACGUUACAGAGAAGGGAAAAUUAUAGUGGCCUAAAAGUGUCACAGCAAUUUUAGGGUGGAUUCAUUUGUGACAUGUACUGUCGCAUUUGCCCGAAUUUUCAUUCACAUGGUCAGCUACAAGAACAAAAACAUUAAUUUGACUGUGUAACACCUCUUGAUCUAUAAUACAGCCUUAAUAUGUUUGCAACAUGUAUACUAAAUGCUGGGAAACUGGUACCUCUUACAUUAUACAAGUCCAUGCAUGCACUGUAUCUUCAUUACUUUGUGUAAGGUACAAUGAAACUUAGACUUUGUGCUCAGCCAAAUAUGGUAAAACAAAAUUCAUCAUAUGUGUAACAGUUGCUGGUGUGACAGAAUGUCAAGACCAUUACCAGUCACAAUUUUUUGCCCCACUUCCAAAAACAAUCACCAACCACUGGGCGGCCAUCAUUUUUCAGCAACAGCAUCCAUCCCCAUUAACUGAAAACAGAUUUCAAUUUUAUUUGAUGGUGUAUGUUUUUCUCCAGCUGCUUGCCUGGGUACAAAUGUGUCCCUUGUUUUAAAAAUUUAAUGUAUCUAACCUGCAUAACCAUGCCUAACCUACCACCGAUGAUGACAAGACAGAAGCCUCAAAAUGUCUCGACAUUUUGUCAUUAUUUUCCAAACACAUUAGAGGGCUGAAAGAAAAAACUCUUGAUCCUGAACCAAGAGGAUGGUCGGAAAAUGACUAGAACUUUUAAUCAGUUGGGAAUUUAGCCUGAGAAAACAGCCGACAUAAUUUUAGCAACACCACUACUGGUUUCCACACGAAAUAACAUCUGACAAAUGAGUGUAGAAAUUCCAUACUGAUGAUAUCUCACUUCCCAGAUCUGGGUAGUACUUCUGAUUGGUUGAAAAUUUGCUUCAGAUCUACAACCCAGAUCCGGACAGUAACACAUCAUAGGUAUGGAAUUUCUGCAAUCGUUUCUCUGGCAUCAUUAUGCCGGGAAACCAGCAUGGUGGCAUUGCAAAAUGUUGACUGUUUUCUACCCCCUAUUCUUUGUGUGAGUAACCAAGCAGCAGUUCAAAAUAUUAAUAAUAUAUUAUUUUAUUGUGAACUUAAAUUCAGUCUCUGGUGAUUUAGUACAUUAAUUUAGUAUCUGGUGUAUCCAAACCCUGUAAUGAUAAUGUAAUCUUCCCUUUGUCAGGUGAUAAAGAAGGACAUGCUGUCUCUCCUUUUCAUGACAUUUCAUUGUUUGCAAAUGAUGAGGUGAGUCAAAUACUGUUUAUUAUUGAAUAGCCUGCAUGCAAGCUCCCCCAUUAACGGAAUAAUUAUCAGCUACAUGUAUGGCUGCCGACUGUACUUUCACCAGCUGAGAAAGACCUUAACACCACCCAAAUAGCUCUGAUAAAAAAGAUAGGGAAAUUUGGCAGGUGCAGUAAAGUGAAAAAGCCAGCUUGACUAAUGAAAAACCUGCUUAGCUUUUCCUAAGAGCUACAUCCCUGGAAUACUGUGAGAAGUGAUCGGGUGCAAAUGGAAUUCUCCACCCCAUGUGGUAUUGUUGCAGCUCACCUCACUAAACACUCAAAAUGGAGAACUUGUAACAAAACUUUGUUGAUAUAAGUCUAUUACUCUAUUCAAACCUACUGGCUAUUUCAAUUAUUAUUGAAACCCUUGCUUGGUUGAGGUAGAAGUAUAUACUAAAAUUAAUGGUACCAUGUGAAAGCUAUAACUGCAGAAUUAAGGUUUCAUUUGAAUUGUAACAUUAACACCUCAGGAUUUCAUCCACAGACUUAGUAGUUAGAACUACAUAUUAAAUAAUUAAUUAGUACCGUGUGAAAGUACGGCUGAAUAAGUUUCAUUUGAAUGGCCACACCGUGUUUUUCUUACACACUCAAAAGUUAGAAGUAUGUACAUAGUAAGUAGCACCAAUGAUCUGAAGGUAUACUGUUGAUUUUGUUUGGUUACACAUGCAUUUCUUCCACACUCACAAUAGCAUUAAUUUUAGAGAUACAAGUCAUACUAUUGUAAUUAAGUUGUCGCACGUACACUUACUGAAAAGGUUUCACUUUAGUGGUCAUGCUAUACACUCUGUAGGACACUGUCAUUGUGCAACGGUGAGAAUUGCGUACUAAAGAAAUAGUAUAAGUGUAUAUGGAAGUAUUGCUUAAGAGGUUUUGCUUGAAUGGUAACACACAGAAUUUUGUCUACAUACCCAAGGGAAUAUAAAAAGGAAGCUAAAUGUUGUACCAGUAUCAUCUUUAUGCGAAAGGAGAGUCUAGUAUUUGAUUAAAAGACAUUAACUUGGAGCUUUUUUUAAAGACAUCCCUUCAUCUGUCUGUCUUGUACCACAGAAAAUUUUUGCAUUCACUAAAUUUACUGUUGAUUGAUUUGUUUUCUAGAAAACAGUUUGCAACAUGGUUGUGGAGGUCCCCCGGUGGACUAAUGCCAAGAUGGAGGUGUGUCAACCUUCUGUUUUCAUUCUAAUGUCAACUUGACAUAAUAAGCAAUCUUUCAUUCUUCUUAACUCAAUGAUGUGCACAUUAUUAAGGUCAGCUGCAUGUUCCAGUCUGGCAGAGAUUGGAUGUGAGCACUACUUGUACCUUGUACUAGGAGAGAAGUAAGAAGCGGUUAGUUUCUGUCCUGGAUACGUCAUAAAAGUAAUAUUGGGUUAUUCCAGAAAAAAAUCCACACCCCCACGACCGAAGGCAUGCUGGAAAAUCUCACGGGAGUGGGGGUUAAUAGCUCUGGAAAUCCAGACGGGAGGGGGGCUCUGAACCUAAAAAAUACAUCCUCAGGAGUAACAUUAACUUUCAAUUUCAUCGAUGUUUCAAUCGCUUCAAUCAAUAAGUUUUAAAAAAAUUGCUUUGCCUUUUCAAAUUUUAUUAUUCUUUCAAACUACUGACCUCUUACCACAUUAUUUAUUUUAAGUUUCGAUCCAUAGGCUCGCCCUUGUUACUUUUGUAGACUAGCCAUGUGGGGUAAUUUGAAGAUAUCAAGAAAAACCGCAUAAUUCAUAAAGAAGAGCUCAGUUCAAGUAAAGCAAACAAUGAUUUUACCUUGAAUUAUACAUUUUUCCAAGGUUAAUGCUAUUUCAGGGUGAUUUACCCCUAAACAGGCGUUGCAAGUACAUUUUGUAAGCAUGGUUGUUCGUGAUUGUUUGGCAGCUAUUUUGAAAGGCAAGUGUUGUGGCAAGUGGUACAGCGCAUCAUGUAAUAUCCCGCUAAGUGUUCUUUUUCUUUCUUUUGUGGUUAUGAAUAUAAGAAGAGAAUCAUUUAUUCGAGGACAUAGUUUUGAGCUUUAUUGUAGUAUAUAUUGCUGUAUAUUUUGCCUGUUCUAGAAAAAAAGAGAAGUUCACUCAGAUAUGAUCUUAUUUGCAAAAAGUGUAUGCCUGUUUAAGAAGAUGUGAAAAUGGAAUCUUAACGUUCACAAUAAACACAGAAUUCAUGGAAAAUUGAGACUUAUUUAAUAAAAAGAUCAUCUAAGUGCCUAAAAGGAUUCUUCUACAUUGAGUUUCUGUCGUGGGAGUGUGGAUUUUUUUCUGGAAUAACCCCUUGUUGUAUUCGCUCAUUGUAGUUCUGAUCACUUUACACAUUUCUGUUUUACCUUCUUUACUUUUUAAUAACAUAAUACAUGUAUUCAUGAAAGCUACAUGUAUACCCACUGUAUGUGUUAAACUAGUAGUAAUCUCAGAUUAGGAAGUGUGUUUGAGCUUUCUUAGGUUUACUGUCAAAUGUGACAUUAUUUCCUAAUAAAUUGACGCUGCUAAACGCUUCCUAAAUGUUUGUUUUUAACAAAGAAACAAAACAAAACAAUACGACUGCAAAAAAAAGAAAAAAGUCUCACCCAGCAGGAGUCGAACCUGAGACCUUUGACGUGGAAAGAGAACUCAUUAUCUCUUGCACCACGCAACCAUUGCUAAAGACUGGAUGUCAAAUUUAACAUCUUUGUCUCCACAAGAUAAAUUUCUUAUUCAAGAUGGUGCAGAAAAUGCAGACGUAUGACGAAAUGAGGUCAACGAAAGGUCACCCUUGAGGAAUACCACAGGAAUUCCAAGAUUAUGUGUUGCAUUCUCCUAACGUCAAACGCAAUUAAUCUCUGUCAAGUCCAUCAUUUGUCACUGAAUAUCGGGGCUGUCAUUAGCAGCAAGGGUGGCACAGUUGGUUAGUGCAUGGCCUUUGGUGCGCAAGGUCCGGAGUUCAAUCUCUGGUGACAUAACAUCCUUGUUUCAACUUCUCUCCUUUCUGUGUAGCUUUGGCUUGAAAUACCCUUAAAACGGAGCAUUGAUGGAUGGGGCGGGGGUAAAUGAAUGCACUGUCGACCUCAAGUUUAUCAGUUUAUUAUUACUGUCACGAGUUAUCAAUAUGAAAUAUUACCUUUACCUUUAAGCAAGGGACUGGGGAUUUCCUGAUAUGAAUGUGGCCCCUGGAUAUGAAAUUUUCAGAGGAAAAUAAAAGAAAAAUAGAAGCAAAAGAAAUCCCUAGCUUUUUAAUUCCCUGCCUACUUAUUGUAUUUGAAACCUGGUAACUUGAAAUCUUAGUGACAGCCCUGUAGUGAUUUUAUAUUAAAGUCGAAACCUCAUGUGCAACAUUUCCUCUUUUACAUGACUACCUCCCAAAAGCAGUACCAGUCAUCCAAAACACCAAAACUUUCCCUGUCAAAGCCUUACAUUGGAUUUUGUUGUAUUAUUUUUGAUGCAGAUAGCUACCAAAGAAGCACUUAAUCCCAUCAAGCAAGAUUGUAAGAAGGAAAAACUACGAUAUGUGCACAACUGCUUCCCUUACCAUGGUUACAUUUGGAAUUAUGGUGCUCUCCCUCAGGUGACAAAAUAUAAUGAUUAAAAGGGCUAGACCUUCUAUCACAGAUAAAUCUUGCUGUUCAUUGGAUCUGCAUAGCAAAUAAAUUAAAGACAGAUUUUAUGAAAGAUGUAGUGAACCUCAUUUCCAGGGUUCUCGCCAACUUGAGAAGCAGAGUAUCCCGGUAAAAAAGUUGAGAUAUAUAAUGCCUUCUGAUAGGAUUUGAAAAAUAAUUAUUAUGAAAUGUUGGUAAAUUAUGAGGCCACCUCACGUGAAGAGUCAAUCAGGGAUUUAAUCCACAAACUCGUUUGAUAAUAUUUAGUGAAAUUUUUUUUUCUAGGGCCAAUUUUAUUUUAUUAAAGCUUUUACAAGUUCAAUUCACAAGUGUAGCUAUUGUUUUCAGACUUUAAGACAAAUAGCUACACUUGUAAAUUACACUAAGCUCUGAAAAAGUUUUAUGAUAAAUUGACCCCUCAUUGUUUAUUUUUAUCUGUCAAUUUCAGACAUGGGAAGAUCCAAACCACAAGGAUAAAGACACAAAAUGCAUGGGUGAUAAUGAUCCAAUUGAUGCUUGUGAGAUUGGUACCAUGGUUAGUUGAUCAUUAAAAAUCUAUAGUUAAUUAAAUAUAUUUAUUUAUUUAUUUAUUUAUUAUUUUUAUUAAUUUAUUUAUUUUCACUUUUCAGGCAAGCAAAGCCAUGCAUGAGGCAGGCAUGGAGUGCUAGACACUUGUGCCUUCUGCCAAAACGCCUGUCUCGCACUCCACAUCCACAUUAUGCUUCCCUUCGCUCGCCUGAAAAAUGUCCCUUUCCUGUUGGCUAGUUUAUUACUGAGUGCAACUACUCAAACCGGGGCACUUAGAAAAUGAUUAUCCAAUAACAAUGUUUUUUUGAAAACAAAAGAUUCCCAACUUUUUUUGCAAAUGAACCAAGAACAUUGAUGAAUGUGUAUGUUUGUAUGGUAGGGGACACAACUUGCCCCCACCAUACAAACAUCUGUAGAUAUCAUGACUUCCCAAAGCUAUGCAUAUAUCUCCAUUAGCUUUCAACAAAUCACUUUCAAACUGGGCAACUUUCCUUUUUUCAAGGGGUUCUUUUCAGCCAAAUUUUCCCUAACUUGUCCCAUGCAGUCAAAAGUUUAAAAAAAACACUGUCUUUUGUGAUACAAGGGGCAUGAUUUGGAACAGGCAAUCACAGGCAGUUGAGUUGUGAAUGAUUUAAUAAAAUAAAACGUGUUUACUUUUCUCAAAUGUUUAGAUUGCCAAACGAGGUGAUGUUAAGCAAGUGAAAAUUUUAGGGACUAUCGCUUUGAUUGAUGAAGGUGAAACAGACUGGAAAGUCUUUUGCAUUGAUGUAAAUGAUCCUCUGGCAAAGGAAAUGGAAGGUAAAGCAUUUUACAUCAUUAAACUCACAUCUAGCCUAUAACUGUGAGCUAUAAAGAAUUAUUUCUAACCUGAAGCUUGGACUUGUUAUACCCUUCACAUAAUAUAUACCCCAAUAUGGACCCCGAUAAUGUGGCCACAGCUAAAUCCCAGGGAAAAAUAAUUUACAGAUGUUUGACUGAAAUAAGAUCCUGCUAUUAUGUACUGUCACUAUUGAGGAAACUAAUUCCAGGGCUCUAAAUAAUUUCCAGAGUCUCCAGACGCGAUGACUGGCCAAAUUCAUUUUAGCUCUGUCUCAUAUCUUUUCCGGUUGGUCAAAUAUAUAAGAUGAAUAACUCUCAAAACAGGGGCCCAUGAACCAAAACUGGCGUUAUAUGUUUCCAAAAAAGUUAUUACUUGGAGCUUAUAGCACUUUAAAGCACUCAUUGUCAACAAUAAAUUUGAAAUAAAUUUUUGUACACAUUAAAUUUGUCCGACGCCUGCAAAUAAUAAUGAUUUCUAAUGUAUGUAUCACAGUAUGAGAUCUUGAUCCUUAAAUUAAUUAUCUAUGUUACUCCCUAUAACAAGGGAAGAAACUUUGUAUUCAUAGAGAAAAUUAACUAAUCAAAGUGACAAUAUUUUAAUUUUGUGGUUGGAAGUGUGUGAACGCGAUGUCUGUUUCAAUGCGUGAAUUGUAAAUAACAUUUCUAGUUGCAUUUCACCCAGGAUUUCAGAUGAAAGUUCUGCAAUAAACAGUGACUCGCUACAUACUGACAAGAACUGAAACAACUGAACUGGAUGGAAAUUUUAAUUCAUUUCAUUUUCAAUAUGAUCGAAUGUGACCGGUCAACUUGAAGUCUGGCUAAAUGAUAGGUUUAAUAACUGGUCAACUCCCCAAUCAGUCCGAAAAAUACCCCUGUCUAAGACAAAAUACUUUCACUUUGCCACCUUGUAAUACAAGACUUCUUUUAUAUUGUAACUGAUCUUUUAUAUCUCUUCAAAACAAUGGUUUUCACACUAACCCCCCUCCCCUCCCACCCUGUCCCCAAAUGGUCAUUGUACAGUCAAACCCUGUUAGCAAAGACACGGAGGGGGCCAUAGAAAAUGACCAUAUGACAGGGUGUCUGUGACAAGCAGGUUGAAUUUAGAAAAAAUGUGAGGGCUUUCUUUUGAUCACCAGGGACAAAGCAAACUGUCCGUAAUAGUGAGGUGUCCAUAUUAAGCAGGUGUCUGUAAGGCAGGUUUGACUGUAGUUGAUUUCACCUAAACUGGCUGCAACAUGGUGCUAUUGAACUCUUGCAAAAAAUUUGAAAGAAUUUACGACUGCUCUGAAGCUUCUUUGUGAUCGACUGAAUUUACCAUUAGCAUAAGUCAUGCCUUUUUGUAUUACUCAUUUUGUUUUUGUUUUGAUGAUACUGAAGAUUUCUUGUUGUUGUUGUUUUUUAGACAUUGAUGACAUCGAGAAACACAUGCCAGGACUGUUAAAGGUAAUUUUGUGAUAUUAAAUGAUUGUAGGGUGCUUUGAUCAUGGAAGUGACGGUGAUAAUGUGUUUUGCAGGCUUCUAUUGACUGGUUCAAGAUCUACAAAAUACCUGCUGGCAGUAAAGAAAAUGAAUUUGCCUUUAAUGAUGAAGCCAAAAACAAGGUAUGGAAUAGAUACAUUGUAAGAUUAAUGAGUGUUGUUCCUCAGUCUUGAUGUACCCUGCAUUGGAGACGCUUGAAAGUAAUGGGCACCGAGAAAGAACAGGGCACACCUCUAUGCAAGCUAAUCCUGAUGCCAGUUUCUGUCUCUUCUGUCAAGUUGGUGGUGAUGUUAUUCACCCCUGCAAAAUCUCCAAGAAUGUCAGAUGUACUGUACCUAUCCCAAGAUCCAUUCUGUGAGCGAUGGUCAUUCCAUACAAUCUUGUUCCAAUCUAUAUGAAGAAUGGAUUGUAUUCUUGUUCAACAAAUGCAGUGAACUACCUCUUUAAUCUUCACAGCUCUUCCCUUUUUAGAGCAGAUAAUAUCAUUGCCUUUACAGCAGACUUUCUGCCAAUAGCAGGGGUGCUCAAAAUAAUUUUUAGGCCGUGGCCAGACACAAUGACCAGCUGAGCCAAGAAAUUUUUGCUCCUUCAGUAUCUUGUUUUCUGAUGGGUCAAAUGAUUGGAAAAAAGUGAACUAAUCCUUAUCCUCAUGUGAUUUUCUGUUAGUGAAUGUGAUUUUAUUUUUACCAAGAGACAAAAUAUAAGAUUUACAGGUAAGGAUUUGGCUGAUUGUUCAAAAAUACAGGGUGCAUGACCAGUGAACAUGACCGGUUUAACCGGUCAAGACUCCAUUCUGGCCGGACAUCAUCAUUUGACCGUGGCCAUUAUUUUGAGCCCUGAGUAGAAUACCUGAAAAGUAGAACCUGCUGAUUCCAUGGUGGGUUUUGAGUAUAUGAUAUAUUUUUUCUUAUCUUAAUAUUCCAGGAAUUUGCGAUGAGGAUCAUCAAUGAAACACAUGAGUGUUGGAAAAAUCUCAUUUUAAAGAAAGUGGAAAAUGACAAGGGUUUAGCCUGGUAAGAAACUUUUAAUACUAUUUUAUCCACCUUCAGUUAAGAUCAUCAUCUGUGACCAAAACAGUUGCUAGUGGCCAGUGGGAAAUAAUAUUAACAAUAUAAAUUUUUUAAUAAUUAAAAAAUUGAGGCUGAGAAUGUUAUAAAGAAUAAUGGGGACCUAGGUGUAGCCAAGAUCUAUACAGUAGAACCCUGGAAACUCCAGAUUGGAUAACUUGAACUCGCCCGCUAACUCGAAUUAAGUCACAUUUCACUUGGAAUUCAACUCACUUUUCAGUCAUACUCGAAUUCCUUGCUAACAAGAAAUUUUACUGAAAUUUACCCUGAUAACUCAAAUCUGGUUCUUGUAUCUCCACUUGGAUAUCUUUCUAUUACCUCUUCUUGUUGUUUUUUUGUUGGUAAAAACACACUGAACUAACACUUCAGUAAUUUGAUUUUAAUUGGUGCAACAAACAGAUAAUGUUUUAUCCUGACAAUGCAUAUUAAUCAUCUUACCGCAUGUGAUGAAAUAAGUUAAAUUUGUGUUGUAGUUAACACUGAAAUGCUGAAAAAUCUAUGUUUAUCAAUUAUUAAGGUGACAAAUUGAAUGUUCAGUCGAUCCCGAUAACUCGAACCCCCGCCAACCUGAACUGUAUUUUGUUUCCCUUCAGAGUUCGAGUUACCGAGGUUCUACUGUAACACCUUCUGACACAGCCAUUUUGAAUUAAGAAAAUGUUAAUGAAUGCAUUCACCCCUGGGUAAACUCAGUGCUGCAUUGAGCUUCGGUGGGAGUACUCAUAAAAAUUCAGUCUGCUAAGUAAUGUUACUAACCCAUUUCUUCCUUCUUUUUCAUCAGCAAAAAUGUCUCAGUAGAUAGUUCACCGUACAAAAUGUCCACAGAAGAAGCAGAUGGUAUUGUAAACCAUGUAAGUUGUGGCCUGUUUUGA